AAAGGGUACUGUAUUCAUAUAUUCAUUCAUACCCACAGGGGAAGACUAACCAUGCUUUUCUGCUGUUCAUGUUAAGAGGUACAGUUAGUACAAGAUAUGGGUAGCAUUUGGCUGUGAGAAGAAAGUAAUGGAAGAUUCCUUUCAGAACACAACGGACAGGCACUGAAGUAGGCAAUCAUUGACAAUUUUACGACCGGUCUCCAAAUUCAGUGACCAACCAGGCAUUGCAGAAAAUUUAAUACUGAAAAAUAUCAAUCCUGAAUAUCAUUUCUGAAUAUAGUUCCUGAGUUACAUCUUUACAACUUGCUUAAAGGUACCGGUUAUUGAACUGACUUACAUGCAUAAAACUAUAAAAAAGCUUAAAGUGGUUGUAACAUAAAAUAUAAUCAAACUCAUGCAUUUUUCAUGUUGAAAUCCUGUGCCUGUAGCUAUAUGCUUCUUGAAAUCAUGUUUGCAGAAACCUGCAGGUGUCAUCUUCUUGUAUGAUGAUGUAUGUGUAAAAACAUGUAUGUUGAUUGGAUGACAUUCAAUUAUUUCUCAAUCAUACAAGUUUCAAGUGUUGAAUUUUCACUUUGAAGUUUAAGAAUAAUAUCAACAAUUGAGAUGGGAAAAGGCAAGGAUCGAAAUGCUGGAAGCCCCAAACGGUCUGUGGAGUCUCCAAAAUCUCCCUCUAAAGGCAAAGGAGGUGGGGGAGGCUCUUCAAGUUCUGGCAAUGGGUCCUGGUUCAAGAGGGAGGUGCUCAAGAGAGAAAUUCCUCCAAUCAAUGUCACUCCGUACCCAUUAUCUACUUCCACAGAAAUGGCCAUGGCAAUGAGCUCUGAAGCACAGGCUCUACAAGAGCACGUGAAAGUUCUAUCAAAGAGCAUUAUUGAGCUGCAGGCAACGAGAGACAAGAAUGAGACUACACUCAACUCGAUCAACACUUUGUCAGAUAAAAUCGUUGCAGAGGAAAAAAUCACUACAAAUAAUAGAAACCGCCUGAAGCGCGACUACGAGCAGGCGUUGGGCGAGGUGGGAGAAGAGUUGCAGCUCGUGCAUCGCGCCCUCAACACCGUAUACCAGAUACGAGCUAUAAGACAUGACCUCAGGAUACAGGCCAAAAGUUCGGGCAACAAAGAAACAUUCCGUCGCGGCGCCCUCAUGAAGAUGCUACUCAAUUGCGCGCAGACCUUGCCUGUGUGGCUGGGCGGGCCGGCCGACAAGCCACCUCCUCUGAGCGGCUCCGUGCCCCCAGAGUCUAAUUAUAUCGUUAAGGUUGGUGACAUGGCUGCAUGUCUGGUGCGUGGGUCAGAGGGUGAAGAGAAUUGGAUAUUAGCGGAAAUUAGCGGCUUCAACCCAAGCACGGGCCGCUACGAGGUCGAGGACAUCGACGAAGAACAGAAAGAGCGACACACGCUCAGCAGGAGACGCGUAUAUCCUCUGCCUCUGCGACGUGCCAAUCCUGAAACUAAUCCUGAGGCGUUGUAUCCCGAAGGAACUAUUGUGAUGGCGCUGUACCCACAAACUACGUGCUUCUACAAGGCGUACGUAAGCCAGCCCCCCACCCUCGCCUGCGAUGACUAUGAGGUUCUCUUUGAAGAUUCGAGUUACGUAGACGGCUACUCGCCGCCCCUGCGCAUCGCCCAGCGCUACGUCCUCCCGUACAAGGAUCCUAACAAAAAGAAGUGAACCGAUGAUGCACUACGGGAAGCCGAGGGUGAAACCGAUGACGAUCGUUAGAAUUUUGAAGAUCUGAGAGAUCACUCCUUCUAGAGGAUGUGAGCUACUUGAAAAGGCGGACUGAAGGCACAGGUAUAAUGAAACGUUGAUGUAUCCCGUCGAAGGCAAUUUUAUCGUCACAGCGCCGUUUUCAUUAAUAAAUGAAACUUGUUUGGAGCAAUUUCAACUUUCAAGCAUUAUCAAGUCCAGCUAGUCUUAAGAAUAUUCAGUAUCACUGAACAUUAAUUCUCAGUAAAAUGAUGCAUUCGUAACA